AUGAAUUCCUAUUUCACAAACCCAUCUUUAUCCUGCCAUCUAACCAGUGGCCAAGAGGUGCUUCCCAACGUAGCCCUCAAUUCAACUGCCUAUGACCCUGUCAGGCAUUUUUCUACUUAUGGAGCAGCCGUUGCUCAAAACCGGAUUUAUUCUUCUCCUUUUUAUUCACCGCAAGAUAAUGUUGUGUUUAGCUCCAGCCGAGGACCUUAUGACUAUGGAUCUAAUGCUUUUUACCAAGAAAAAGACAUGCUUUCUAGCUGCAGGCAAAAUUCUAUGGGACAUAAUACACAGACAUCAAUCGCACAGGAUUUUACCAGUGACCAAAACAGGAACACUUCGCAAGAACAAAAAACUAGCAUUCAAAUAUACCCAUGGAUGCAGCGUAUGAACUCCCACAGUGGCGUGGGUUACGGGGCCGACCGCCGACGGGGCCGUCAGAUUUAUUCCCGCUACCAGACCUUGGAGCUGGAGAAGGAAUUUCACUUCAAUCGCUACCUGACCCGGCGGCGGCGGAUCGAGAUCGCCCACGCUCUGUGUCUCACGGAGCGCCAGAUCAAGAUCUGGUUUCAGAACAGAAGAAUGAAGUGGAAAAAAGAAAGCAACUUAAGCUCUACCCUCUCCGGGGCCGCUGGUGGAACCGCGGCCGCAGCCGCCGAUAGUUUGGCCAAGGAAGAGAAGCGAGAAGAGAAGACAGAGGAGAAACAAGAAGAGUGAAAAGGUGGCAGCGCUCCCCCCCAACCCACCCCCCAU